AUGGCACAACAAAAUGCAAUAAAACAGGUCAUCACCCACCCAACUUGCACAGUACUUUUGUCGCAUGCCAAUGGCCAAAUUAAACACACAGUAGCCCAUGAUACCAACAGCAAGAAAGAUUCAACAAAUUACAGAUCAAAAGGAAUUUUAAAACUAAACAAAAGCUUAAUCAUCCAUCAAGAAGAAACACAGCAGGCAACUAAGAAAGAUCCACAGCUGAAUUCAAAAAUUCAGAAAGAAAUUAUUACAAAAGCUCAGUUUGUUGGGUUGCUUCUGAACGACCCCAGCGCCUUAACAGCUGCCGCCCUCAAAACAAACUGA